GCAGAUCAUUUCACUGGGAGGUGGAGAAGGCCGGCGGAGGGCACCCCAAAUCCCGUGAACCCCGGUCAUCCGCCAACUGGACUAUUCUCGCUUUCGUUUCUUGACAGCACCUCCCACCCCACCCACCGCCGGUUUUGUUUGGAGGCGCGGCCACAUAAAGGGAACUCGAAGAGGCGUCCCCAUGGCCUUCGCUCGCCGCCCGCUGCCCGCCCGGCUCCUGCUCCGGCGCCUCUCGGGGCAAUUGCGCCAGCGGCGCGGGGCCUGCGCGGGGGCCAUGGCUGCGGACCGCUGCUUCGCCCUGGAGCUCCCCGACUGCAGUUUGACUUACUUCACUCUUUGCGUUGACCCCCCUGGCAACGCCGAUCCGCCCGGAGGAACGUGCCGGGACCCCGGCCUGGCCGCGCUGCUGGGUCCCCCCGGGCGCAGCUACUCCGUGUGUGUGCCGGUGGCGCCCGAGGCCGGCUGCGGGGCCCGGGUCCGCUCUGCCAAGCUGCACCAGCGUCUGCUGCGCCAGCUGCGCCGCGGCCCUUUGCAGCAAUGCCAGCUGACCAGGCUGCUCUCCUACCGCCCGGGCGGCCAGCCCGGGAGCGCGCAGCACGGCUUUCUGCUCCGGGACCCCGAGGACCGCCCGGACACCGGGCGCGCUCUGGAUGAGCUGCUGGAAGCGUGCAAAGAGGCCCCUCGUCCUCAUCUGGGCGAGUUCGAGACCGACCCGCACGGCCGGCUGUGGCAGCGGCUGUGGGCGCUGCAGGACGGCCGGCGGCUGCAGGUGGGCUGCGCGCGGGUGAUGCCGGUGCAAGAACCCGCGCUGCAUCCGGUCCUGCCCGACCUGCCCAGCUCCGUGGUCUUCCCCGACCGGGAAGCAGCCCGCGAGGUUUUGGAGGCGUGUAUAUCCUUCAUUCCUGAAGCCCGAGCGGUGCUUGAUCUGAUUGACCAGUGCCCGAAGCAGGUCCAGAAAGGAAAGUUCCCAGUUAUUGUCAUAGAAGGACUGGAUGCCACUGGUAAAACCACAAUGACCUGGUCAGUUUCAGAUUCGCUGAAUGCUGUCCUCUUAAAGUCACCACCCUCUUGCAUUGGCCAAUGGAGGAAAAUCUUUGAUGAUGAACCAAGUAUCAUCAGAAGAGCUUUUUACUCUUUGGGAAACUAUAUUGUGGCCUCCGAAAUAGCUAAAGAAUCUACCCACUCUCCUGUGAUUGUAGACAGGUACUGGCACAGUACAGCUGCCUAUGCCAUCGCCACCGAGAUAAGUGGUGGUCUCCAGCACCUGCCCCCGGCCCAUCACGAUAUAUUCCAGUGGCCAAAGGACCUGCUCAAACCUGACUUUGUCCUGCUGCUCACUGUGAGUCCUGUGGAGAGAAUGAAGAGAAUUGAGGGCCGGGGGAUGGAGAAAUCUGAAGAGGAGGCUGAACUGGAGGCAAACAAUGUAUUUCGUCAAAAGGUAGAAGUGUCCUACCAGCGGAUGGAGAACCCUAGAUGCCACGUGGUUGAUGCCAGCCCCUCCAGGGAAAACGUCCUCCAGACUGUUUUAAACCUAAUCAGAAAUAAUUGUAAUUAAUUGUGGUUAUUCCUGGCAGGUGACCCAUUUUACUACAUUAGAUGCUGUUUGACACAUAUAAGCCUGAAAAUUAUUAUGCCAUUUUCCCACAUUUUGUUAUAUAAGCAGAUUGUGUAGCAAAAAAUUGGAAACUGGACGCUUUAGUUUCACUUAAAUCAUUGUCCUGUCUUCUGACUACUGGAUUCAUUGAUGUGAAGCUGGUCUUUUUCUGGUGAGAGACCAGUGAUUGCUUUCCUGCCUGGUAUAAAAAACAUGAUCUUAGAACGUAUUUUUAACUGCAUCACUAUCAGAUCUCCUCAAAGGUUUGUCUUAUCCAGAAAACCCUAGGUAUACAGAAGCAACUGGAAAGAUUUUCCAAAUCAACAGAAAGUGACUCCACCUUUUGCAUUGCUGCAUCCUGACAAGCUGAUGAUAUUUUGAUGUGGCCAGAGUUGACUUCAUCCAAAUAUGGUUGACAUUCAUCAUCUUGGACUAGCUGCUUCGUCUGUAGCCCCAGAUCCUAUAGCCAAAUGUUCCCUAUAGCCAAGUGUUCCCAUGGAAGAUGUUUCCAUGUUCUGUUUGUUCCAGGACACCUGCUCUGGGGCCAUUUUUGUCUAGGAGGCAUGAACACCAGGCAUGUCUGUCUUGUGUCGGAAGCUUAGAACCCCUUAGACCACAGUUAGCACUUAAGAGUCAAAUGCAGAUGCAUAAAUUCCACAAUGCUCUAAAUUCAAAUAUACCAACCUUCUUUGAAUUCUAUUUUGCUUAUUUAUAUUCCUUUCCAUUCCUUUGAAAAAAAUUGCUCUAAAUAUGAUGAGUAUUCCACUCUGAGCUGGAUGCAUUCAUUUAUGUUGAUGUUUAUAUGGAUUUCUUCACUUAGGAAGUAGUUUCACUAAUUGAAAUCAAUGCCAAGAAGCUAAAUGCAAGGUCUGUUGUGUAUUUUUAUGAUAUCAAUUUAAUUUAUCUUGCUAAGGCUCAAUGGAUUCUGGGAUGUGAUUUAUCAGUAUAUCUUCUUGCACUUGAAUAUCUUUUUAUAUACGGAAUCAACUUUGAGAUUUGUGUGGCUAGAUAAAAAAUAAGAAAAGGGAACAAUAGCUAUGUGGCCUUGGGUGAGUCAUUUAGCAUCAGUUUGUCAUGUCACUUUAUCUAAAAAAGUGAUAAUUCUUUGUCUUAAGGAGUUGGCUGAGCCAGGUGGUUACCUAAAAGUCCUUCCAGUUCUACGUUUUAUGAGUGCAUAAAUAAUUUUAUCUUGUCUAUCAUUUCUUGAGAAGACAUUUCCUUAAAAUAAUUAAAUUUAAGGCCUUAUCAGGUUUACCAUACAGAAUUUUAAAUUAUAAUGUUUAGUAUUAAUGUCAUCAUACUAUUUCUGCAAAAAGAACCAUAAUAUAUAUAAUACAUCUAUGCAUCUACACAUUUAAUUUGUUCCUGUUUUAAAUAGGUUUUAAAGCUGGUAAGUAGUGUCAAGUUUCUUUAAAAUGUAUUGGCAUUACUCAAUUUAAACAUUUAGAAAAGCUUAUGCUGACACCCUAGAAAAACCAACACUUAAUGCUUUCUUUAAUGUUCCUCACAAAUGAAUAAAACUCACUGUCAUUGCAA